AUGCCCAGACGUGUUGAUGUCCAGGACCCGGCAAAGAAUCCUUGUGUCGGUGUGAAGAAGGAGCCGCUUGGUGUUCAAGCAGGGGCAGAACAACCUGGACAGCAAGCCAGUGAACAACCUGGACAGCAAGCCAGUGAACAACCUGGACAGCAAGCCAGUGAUGAACCUGAGAUCGGGAAGGUGAAGGAUGAAAUGCUGCGUUACGGGCAGCUUAUCAGUCGCGAUGCGGAGUACCUUUCCCUGCCUGACCUGGCCCUCCUUUCGCACCACGUAGGCAAGAAAGCAGUGGUUGCCUUCUUCGAUGAGCCGGGCCCUCCAAGGCUUCAAUGUUUGACAGCUUUGCUUCAGAGAAUGUGCGGGCAGCCAGAGUGUGCCAUGCCAGAUUUUGGCUGCUCAGACACUUGGUUCUAUGUGGCUUGCCGUUUGGACUGGAAACGGGCAGGCCUGAUGACUUUGAAUCAUUUCAUUCCGGCAUGGCACAGAGAUCAAUUGGAUCAUGAUUGGGAGGUUGCCCGCUUGACAUUGGUCUCUCGGCAUCGCAAUCGAGAAGCGACACUUUCAGCAUCAAUUGUGAAAGCAUUGGAUGUUCUCCAGAACGCUGAGGAGGAUGAGCAGGAGGAGGCAGAGGCCAACCUUUUCAGCUUGAUGGAUGAGAAGACGCAGUUGCGGAAUGAGGUCGAAGCUGUCAACCAGAUGUUCCAAGUUGGAUUGAUCCCCAAAAUUGUCCCCGGAGAUGGAAAUUGUGGUCUGUGGUCCACUAUCGCUUUGAGACAGGGCUUCCAGGCCACGUUGAACACGGUGCAAGGGCAUGGUGAAGUUAUGGAGCUCCGAGAGGCGUUGAAAACGCUGUGGGAGUCAGUGUCAGCGGAGAAGGAUGAAGAUUGGAUGCGUGUCUUCCACCACUUCAUGCUGUCGGGUGUCAGAGGGCCUGCUGCGCCCCAAGCCGAGCUCAAGGAUGACCUGCCCAGUGGAGAGAAAACGCCACCUCGUCAGCCCGGGAAGAUUCGCUUUGCUCCUGAUGUAUCUCCUGAGAAAGACUUGGAUCAUCAUCGCAAGCGCGCCCGGCGUGCUGCCUUUGGCAAAGCCAAGGAAAAGAACCAUCUCAUGGCAAGAGCCAAAUCCAAGGUCAUUCUUCGAGAGGGAGAAGAGCAAGAAGAGCCAGAAGAGGAACUGCCCAAGGUCAAGAGCAAGCGUGGUGACAAGAAGGCCGAGAAGAACACCCCAGCUGUGGAUGAGGAGGAACUCAGAGAGGCAGAUGCCAAUAUGGUCUUGUUGGACGAUGAUGUGGGCAAUGUUCGAAAACUUCUUCAUCCCCAGCGCAUCCAGCGUCAGAUGCACAGCAGGAGUGUCAAAAGCAAGGUCCAGAAUGUCGAGGACAUCCAAGAGAAAACGGUCAAGACCUACUUGAACUCCCUCGGGGCUACGAUGGCUGAGCUCAAGAAAGCUACCAAAUGUCCACAGGGUGGCUAUGUCAAACUCCAGAAGAAUCUCCUGCAGAAGAAGGACGUUGAGUCUGAGUGCUCGGCGUGCAAGGAAUUCAUCAGGGUCUACAAGAUCUGCCCUGACAAGCUGGAGGAGUUAGCUGAGCGUGCUGUGAAUGGUGAGGUUUUGGGGCUUGAAGCCGAGCCAGAAAGUGUUGACAAAGAACCAGAUUGUCCAGACCCGGCUGAGCCUGAAGAUCCUUUUGUGUUUGCCAGGUCGCUAUCUCCCACCAUCACCUUGCUCGAACCUGGAGAGUAUGGUCGAAAGCUUCCUUUUCGGUGCAAUAUUUGCCGCACUGGUGGUUACCCAGAAGGAAAGAUAGGGGACUUAGUGAAGCCUGCCUCCAUCAAACAUUUUCUCACGAGGCACCUCAACAGUGGAAUGCAUAAAGAGAAUUUGAGCAAGGCCAAGCAGGCAGACGAGGAGCAGUUGGUGGACUGCCCAGGAUUGAUGGUGAGCGAUCGGCCGAGGAGUGGCCGCUUGUACGCACUGCGGCGUGAGUUUCAAGUAUGGGCAACUAUGACCAACAUUGAGAGAUGGGCAAAGCACAGCUACUUCUACGACGCCAAUGCUUCCUCCUGGUGCAUCAGGUCCCACAAAUGCCUGAAGAAGUGCAGGCCGAACACACAGCAGUCCGAGAUCUGCGACGAGUGCCUGAAGUUGGGGCAUUGCCACAGCAUUAGCCGCACCAUCACGAAGUUUGGCAUCAAGUAUUGGCCAGCAAAGCUGCUCUCAGCACGGCUUUUCCUGGAGCCUGAUGCUGCCAAGGAUGUCGAAGCUGAGAUCAGAUCGUCAGGGACGUACGCCUGUGACCCACCCAAGAUGGAGAAGCAGUUGACAUGCACGACAUGGCAGCUUCAGCAAAUCGUCCGGGCUUCGUGGACCUCGUUUCCCCAAGAGAGUAUCACUGAAGUCCAGAAGGAUUUCAUCGCCACAGUGGUGCAUCCCUGCCUUCACAUCAACCCACGGUCACUUCCUGAUUCCUUUACUACUACCUUGGCGAAGUUUUCUGCAUGCCUUGCCAGUGGACAUAUGGCAGAGUCUGAGGCUGCAAACCUGCGGCUCGCACUGGCCCACUUGGGUGGGACUUUUGAGGCACACCCACUGCUGCAGGGCAUGUCCUUGCAGUGCCUCAGAAAAAUUGACAAGGAGGGCCGUGGCAUGCAAGGAAGGAAGCCCAAAGAUUGGACCAAUGCGGAGAUGAUCUUGGCGCAAGACGCUGGAUUAACUCUAGCAAUGGCUUGUGGCAACAAGUUUGGAUUGUCGGGGAGCUUGCCCAAUGCCAUCGACAGGCUUCAUGAACUGUCGUUGCCCACAGCACCGUUGGCUUUGGUUUUUCCUGGAGUCAUGGAGGAGAACUGGGCAUUGAUGGGCCAGCGCUACCUCCAGACAAAGACCGAGAGCUCAUGCAGAUUUUGGCUGGCAUUUGACUGCACGUACUUGACGCAGUCACUCUGUCAACUCUCUCUCCAUCGCCGUCAUGGACUUGUUGGAGGUUGCUGGGAACCACAUCUUGAAGACCAUGGCUUCCUGGACCUUGAGGAGGACCAGGACGUGAAGGGCAUUCCUAGAGCACCAUCGAUGAUGCAGUUCUUGAGUUGGAACCCAUGCUUGCCCAAGAAAAUUGCACUACCAGUUUGCAGCAUGCCGGUUCCAAACAGCUACGGCGGCUUGCAAUCAGAGAAGCGUGGCCAGUGGUCCGUUUUGGAAACCGUGGGCCGUGUCUUGGCCGCUUCCCGCAACUUGGUUCGUGGCAUUGUCUACGACGGUCACGGGACCCACCAGCUGGUGCGUCGGCUGCUACAUGGGCAGCUGGAUGAUGUAGACAUGCAUGCGGUGUCUGAGAUCCCGUAUUUCAAAAGCUUGACGUGGGCCCCCUUGCCGAAGACUUGUCUACCACGACUCCCCGUGCAGCUGUGCUUCAACGGCAGUGGGGAACCGGUGUACGGCCUGCCCGGUCACAGUGCCAAAAACGCCAGUGGUCAAGUUCAGUCGGUGCUCAGAACGGUGCAGUACGGCGACCUUUUUGUGGACCUGACAGGAUCAAGGAAGGACAUCUUGCUGACCUGUCACUGUGCUGGGUUCGUGGCGGUUGACGUUUUCAGGAUGCUCGGGAAGACCCGAGCGUCUGAAUUGGGAGUUCCCACGGGAUCCCAAUACAUGGUCAGUGCCCGGUCCUUUUUUCAGAGUGACGCUCGUUUAUCUAUCAAAGCCGGCCAGGAACUGAACAAAAAGAUGAAGGGGUCCGGGUCUGCAAAGCAGGAGCCAGCUCUCACGGAGGAGGAGUUUCAGAAGUGUUGCGAGAAUGGCUUCAACGCGGCCCUGAAGCUGGCAGAGCUUUGCUCUGGGAUUUCAGUUGUCCGUUUGGAGGCCAUGUACCGAAAGGCUUGUGAGUCAGAGACUUACUUCACCGAUGGCGUCUUUGAGAGCGCAGAGGAGGAGGAGUUUGAAGCUCCCGCUGAGACCCCUGCCGUUGACCAGUGCAUGCAUGUCUUGGCAGAUGUGCAGCAGGCCAAAUCCUUUGCGGACGUGGAUCGUGAAUGCGAUGCAGAUCCAACGACAGAGGUUGUGGAUGAGGAUUUGGAUCUUCCUGACAGAGAGAGCCUGAUGAAGCUAACUGAUGCAAAUGGAGCUGAGGAGCCUUUCUGCACUGAAGCCCAGAGGUCACCUCCAAGGAGUUCCUUGGCCAACUACUUGCCGGACACCUUGCAGGAUGCGCUCUCCCUGCCAAAGACUUGCCCGUGGAACGGUCUGCUUCGCUUCGCUAUCAGGAUGAGACACAGCGCUGGAGGAUCAGAUCUGGGAUUCCUGAAGAAUGCACGCAACUGCCGAAGGGCAUCAAAGCGAUUGAACUGGUUCCAGUACAAUGAGCGCAUCAUUGCCCAGUUGAAUGCUGAAAGCGAGACCACGGAAUACAGGGCCGAUUGGUCGCUCCCGCCAUCUGAGCUGGAUUCGGUCUCGCCUGGGAACCUUGUCCUUUUCCAUACACCGACAUCCCCAUCCAGCAUUGAAGUUGGUCUGGUCUUGACGACAUGGCGCGGCAUCAAGCAGCCCAAAGUCUAUUGUGAUGCAGUGGCCAUCAACUCGUGCCCGGCUCUGCGCAUUGUCGAGCUCCAGAUCUGUGAUGAGAGGCAGAUGCCCACGGUGGAUUGGCAGUGCAAUUGCACCAGUCGUGCCUGGGUAGUGCGUGUUGAAAGCUUGAUCACCCUGCUGGACUGUGAGCAGAGCAGUACAGAGCCCAACCGCCAUGAUGGCUACAUGAAGGUGACGUUGUCCGAAGAGAGCGCUGAGGCUUUGGCUCGCGUGCCAGAAUUGGAAACUUGGCCAGUAGAACCAACCAUGGCUCGUGGAAGGCGGAAGGUGGCCCAGGCAAAGUGCAAGCCUGUGGCUGGACCCAGGAGAAAACUCAAUGCCAGGAGAGUGAUGAAGCGUGUGGCUGCUGUGCAGAAGCGGCUGAAGAAGAAGGUGGCCAAGGAGGCCCCAGUUUGCAAGCCCGGUAAGGAAGGUGAACCCGAUCCCAUCAACCGAACUACACGUGGCAGAGCAACAAUCCAGUCCAGGCUCACGGAGUUGCGCCAGCUGGAGGGCAGGAUGUUCAAAGAGAACCCAUUGUUUGACACCGAGGGGUUUUGCAGGAUGCAGUAUGAAGCAGCCCGUGUCACGAAGUGGAAGGACAUUCUGCUCCAUGCACCUGCUUGCCUUGAGACAAUGUACAUCAAUCUGAAGCAGCCUACGAUCUACGGAGACGCUGUGGACAAAUUGUUCAAGGGCAUCCUGAAGCAACUUGAAGGAUCCAGAGAACUUGCCUUUGCGAUGGCAGAAUUUGAGUUGCUUCUGCUGACUGCGUUUUCCCUUGGAGUGCUGCUGACGUUUUGCUUCCAGCGGCUGUUUUCUGGCAAUGCGCAGCCCCGAGAUGAUCGUGAUGAUGAUGGCCAUCAACGGCUAUAUCUUCCAGAGGUUCUUUAUGUGAGCCGGGCCGGAAAAUCUUUUCAUCUUGAUCAAUGUUGCUUCAGCAUUCCAAAAAAAAAUGAGGUGUUCGACUUGCAAUGUUGCAAACAUUGCCUCAAUUCAUCGCUGAAAAAGCGAAAGGCAAAGUGA